UGUUAUCAGUCCUUUCCAUAGGUCGUAGUAUUAUUUAGAAGGCAGUAUUAAGUGUUGUACAACUGAAUCCUUCCUCCACACGCAGUGAGUCAGCUCAGCCCCAAUCAAAAAGACUAAGAGAAAGCCACAGACGCUGUACAGGGUUUAGACAUCAAAGAUCAGGUGAUCAUCCCCAUCUACUCUGUAAAUGACUGCGUUGUCUUUUUUCUCCAGUUGACUUAGAACUCUUUGAGGCCUUGUACACACAACCACAUGACCACAGUCAGUACAGCGUUGAAAUCUUAACACUGUCUGCAACUUUCAGCACCACAUCUAAUAUUAUCAAACCAACCUAUUUGUUUGCGGAAAAAAGAAAGUUAAGUCUAAACCACAAGGAAUAAACUGUCGCCUUCAAGUAGGCCACCAGCAUGGAGCCCAGUCAUCCCUUCGACCCGUUUGCUGCAUUUACCAAUGGCUUUUUCCGUGUAGACCCGAGCACCAGUCGGCGCUUUACUCCUCCAUCGACUACCUUCUCCUGCGGUAAAAUGGGAGACAGCAAUGGAGCCAUCAACUCUUCUGGCUCUGGACGGACAAGAACGGAGAUACGAACAGUAGUGGAUGUCCUUGCAGAUCACGCUGGAGAACUGGUCCGGACUGACAGCCCUAACUUCUUAUGCUCAGUCCUGCCUUCACAUUGGAGAUGCAACAAGACCCUUCCAGUGGCAUUCAAGGUUGUGGCACUGGGUGAUGUUCCUGAUGGGACGGUAGUAACAGUGAUGGCUGGGAACGAUGAGAACUAUUCAGCUGAGUUGAGGAACGCUUCCGCAGUCAUGAAGAAUCAAGUAGCCCGGUUUAAUGAUCUCCGCUUUGUUGGUAGAAGUGGAAGAGGAAAGAGUUUCACAUUGACAAUCACCGUUUUUACAAGCCCUACACAGGUGGCCACAUAUCACAGAGCUAUUAAAGUGACUGUUGAUGGACCACGAGAGCCUAGAAGGCAUCGGCAAAAGCAUGAAGAGCAGGCAAGCAAGCAUUUCCCUGAGCGCUACAGUGAUCUGGAGCUUAUACGGAGGCAGGGGAUAAGAGUUCAGACCAAUCCUAAUUCAAGACCCUCAUUGACUAACCCAAACCCAUUUAGCAACCAAGCUCAAACACAAAUACAAGCAGAUCUAAGUCCAUUCUCAGACCCUCGACAAUUUGACCGUUCCUUUCCCAAUUUAACAUCUCUGACGGAGUCCAGAUUUCCAGAAACUCGCGUGCACUACCCUGGUGCCAUGUCCUCUGCCUUUUCCUAUACUGCAUCUCCCUCAACAACUGGAAUUGGAGGAAUAAGUGUGACCGGUAUGCCUACUACCACACGUUUCCAUCCCACUUACCUUCCACCUCCAUAUCCUGGAUCAUCUCAAAACCAAAGUGGACCAUUCCAAACCAAUGCAUCUCCAUACCAUUUAUACUAUGGCACAUCUUCUGGAUCAUAUCAGUUUUCUAUGGUUGCAGGUGAACGUUCUCCUUCAAGAAUGUUAUCUUCUUGCACUAGUGUGACAGCAGGAAACAACUUGAUGAACCACAAUUUGACCAACCAGAACGAUGGAGUGGAUGCAGAUGGAAGUCACAGCAAUUCUCCCACAAGUCUAACAAGUAGUGGAAGAAUGGAUGAGUCUGUUUGGAGGCCAUACUAAGCAUGCCUUCAAAGUAACUAGACUGAUAAACAAAAACAACUGAUGUUAAAUCUCCAGAAAAGACUGGCCAACAUCCAGAAAUAUUUAAAAAUACAGUUAUAUGAAUUGUUGGUACUUGUCGUAGCAUAAGACACACAUGAAUUACAGGAUAGAAUAUCUACUAGAUGUCUGGAAAGGCAUACCUUAUUUUAACUAUAGAAGGUACUAAUCGUAUUCAUGUUUGAGCAUUAUCAUUUCAACAUAAAAGUCGCAUAUCUUAUGAGGAUGAAGGAUUUAAGGACAAUUGUAAAUACAAGGAGAACCUUUUGAGAUGAAUUUCUUAUUAAGGCUGUUUAUUAGGAAGUAUUCUGUUAAGAACAGAGAUAUGUAGAAGAAAAUUGUUUCAAUUAUAUAGUGAGAUAAUACUAUAGCAAUUGAAAUUACAUGAGGAAACAGGAGAUGGGAUAAUGUAGGAGUUUUCGGUAAGACCAAAUAUUGUAUUUAAAAUGAAAUAAUUUAAGACAUUUCUAUUUUCUUACUUAGUUAGAACUCUUCUUUAAGCUUCCCAAUGUAUUAUUUUUCCCAGCUAUCUAGGUGAGUCUGUCUAAACUAUUUGUAAGAAACAGAAUAUAUUUAUUAGAACAAAGUCCUCUUUUUGAUGGGUAAUUUAUUAAAAAAAGAAAAAAGGCUUGAAAGCUGAUAAAAAGAUGCGGGUAAAGAUAUGCUUUAGUAACACAUAAUAUUAAGGCUGGGUUCACACUGUGUAAAAUUCAGAGCAUACUUUAUUUUAAGCGCCACUUGUCCCCAAAAACACAUCCAUAAUUCUUAUGUGCAUACAAUAUGCACUGAAAAUUUAAUGUUUUGCGAACCCAGCCUUAGUCUCACUGCAUGUGUAAUGCUAGAUACAGAGAUGAGGCUUUGCCAACCUGGUUACUUUAUAAAAAAUGAGGCUGGUUGUCACCAUUAACACACCUUGUGGUAGUAUUUGUUCUUGUUUAGAUUAAAUGGAUCCAGUAAAGCCCUGUACACAAAAUAAAAAACUUCAUGGAAAAGGAUCAUAUAAACCAAUAGUAAACUGAUUUGAGUGGACACCUAUAAAUCACAGCAAAUGUAAAUGGCUGAAGUUUGGAGAGCACUUUGUCUUUUGCCAGUUUUUUAAGGGUAUUUACCAAUUAUGUCUGGCCUCGCAGUGUCUUUAAGACUGUCUGUCCUUGUUUUUUUUUACAUACCGUAUAUACUCGAGUAUAAGCCGUCCCGAAUAUAAGCCGAGGCCCCUAACUUCACCCCAAAAACCCAGGAAAAGUUAUUGACUUGACUAUAAGCCUAGGGUGGGAAAUACAUCAUCCCCCCAUGUCAUCAUCCCCCCGUCAUCAUCCAGACCCCGUCAUUAUCACCCCCUUCAUUAUCACCCCGCCA